UGUCAGCCCUGAAAUUCCACUCAACAUCUGUUCACUAGACGCGUACUGACUGACUUGACUUACUGUUUGGGUAUUGAAGAUUGUGUUAAAAAUAUUGUUUUUAAAAAGUGAGCUAGAAAUAUAAUCAAAAAUGGAUCCAGCACUGCUUCGCGAACGCGAAGCGUUCAAAAAAAGGGCUAUGGCCACACCCACCGUGGAAAAGAAAAACAGGACAGAAAGAGCGCCUCCGCCACCAAGCAGAGAUGAUUCCCAGAAAAAAAUGCGGCCGCCAACGGCACCAAAACUUGAUGCGUCCACGUACAAAACUAUGUCGGGCAGCUCUCAAUAUCGAUUCGGUGUGCUAGCUAAAAUAGUCAAAUUUAUGCGUACCCGCCAUCAGGAUGGUGAUGAUCAUCCACUAAGUAUUGAAGAAAUCCUAGAUGAAACCAAUCAGCUGGACAUUGGCCAAUCUGUUAAAAAUUGGCUCGCUGGUGAAGCGCUCAAUAACAAUCCAAAAAUUGAUGUCACACCCGAUGGCACCAAGUUCAGCUUUAAGCCUGUCUAUAAGAUAAAGGAUGGCAAAAGUCUAAUGCGACUGCUAAAACAACACGAUCUCAAAGGUCUCGGUGGCAUAUUACUGGAGGAUGUGCAGGAAUCGCUCCCGCAUUGUGAAAAAGUUUUGAAAAAUCGAGCAGCAGAAAUUCUGUUCAUUAUACGUCCCAUCGACAAGAAGAAGAUAUUGUUUUACAAUGAUAGAACCGCAAAUUUCUCAGUGGAUGAUGAAUUUCAAAAGCUUUGGCGUUCCGCAACGGUAGAUGCCAUGGAUGACGCCAAAAUUGACGAAUACCUUGAAAAACAAGGCAUACGUUCGAUGCAGGAUCAUGGACUGAAGAAGCCUGUGCCAAAACGCAAGAAGGCAGCUAACAAAAAGCGGCAGUUCAAGAAGCCUAGAGACAAUGAGCAUUUGGCAGAUGUUUUGGAAACCUACGAAGACAAUACCUUAACACAAAAGGGUGCGAAUCCCACAUAGUAGAUAACAACCUUAGAAGCAUAGUACAAUAUCAAGUUAAAAACGUAUUCUUAAUAAGGAAUAAAAUUAAUACUAAUAUUAAUAAAAACUGGAACACAUAUAAUAAAU